CCCUCACUACUGAAGUCGUCUAACGUGCCCAUCACGUUCUUCUCUUUAAGCUCUCAUCUUCCCUUGCAGUAAGCAGGUUUACUCGCUAGAGUACACGGGAUAGCAGGUUCUCAUUCAAUUAAAGGGGGAAGGAAUAACACUGCUUGAACUCUAAUGGCAGAGAUAGUCAGUUCUGUAGUUGUCCAGGAGACAGUUAGCCAAAUCCUAUCUAGUAUUGUUAAAAAAUAUGAGGAGAAAGAGGAACCAAAUUCGAGCAGAAACUUGGAGAGGCUAGACAUGGCACACAUCAAGCUGGAGGCUGCUCUUGAGACAUCUGAAAAGUGGCAGAUCACAGAUGCAUCCUUAUUGCGUUGGCAUAGGAAGCUAAAGCGUGCUGCUCAAGAGUGCGAUGACACACUACACAAUUGCAAGCAGAGAAUCCUAGAAGUCGAACAAAUGGAACAAGAGGUAAAGAAUUCCUCCCUUCCUAACCGUAUUGUGCAUGCUACAAAGUCCUUCGUUUUCUCUGUCCUUGACCGCAACAACAAUAAGUUGAGCAGAUCCAUUACUCAAAGAUUUGAGUGGUAUGCAGAUGGUGUCAGUGAGUUCCUGAGAUUCAUAGAGCUUGGUGGCACACCAUGCUGUCACAUGCCCUUUGACUCCCAUGUCAAGAACCUUUUUGCAGGCAAGGUACUGCAUCAUAAAAUCGUUCGAGGAAAGAAGUAUACAUCCUUUCAAUUAGGGUUGGAGCCUGUCCGUACUUCAGAGCAUGGAACAAACGUUGGCUUGACAUUUGUCCAGUAUGAUGGUACACCAGAGGGUAAUGUCUUCUUUUCUUUGUGCGUACAACUCUCAGAGAGUACAGACAUAUUUGGGAUCGCAAUUAAGUGCUUGCAGUUUUUUGCCCCUCCUUUCAAGUGUACAUUUGAAAAUAUUAGGAAUGAACUUUCUCAACUACCCACUAAAGACUUCUCAUGGGGGCCAUCGAUUUAUUCAUACCAUAAGGAACACUGGGACAAAUUUCAUAGCUUCACGUCUCAGUGGGCCCGACCAAACCCAUUUUGUUGCAAGCAGCAUGGUCAGCAUGAGGUUGGACGUUUUAGCAACCGAGAUAUGGCAGGACUAUCAAAAGUUUUGCUAGAACCAGUAAUUUGUUUUAACUUGCAAUGUCAAGUCUCAAUGUCUGCUUACAGCAAGCAGAAGACCUCACCAUCUGAAGACAUAAUUUCUAUGCAAGAUUAUCCAUAUCUGAAUGCAGGAAUCUGCUUUGUGCCCCAUGGCUCUAUAGAGGACAUGCUGCCAGCGGAUAGGAGUUCUGAACUAGCGGCGAUAGUUCACAAGGAGCAACAUUGCUUGCAUAUAGACAUUGCCCUGGAACAGCUUGAAGAGAUUAUGCUGCCAAAGGCAAUAGACUACUUCCACCACAAUGCCAAAGCGAUGGUUUGCCAAAUGAUUUGGAAGUCUAAACAUGGGGUUGCACAUAUUCAGGUUGAGAAGCCAUGCAUGAGCACACGGAGGUCAAGCAUGCGAACACAGAGAACUUUUGGGGUAGCUAGUAAGAGAAAGCUAUUGCACGGGCAUGAAGAGGAGCUUAUUGGGAAUCGGAUGCAGCGCACCUGUCACUAGCUUGACUUAUGGGUUACACAUA